GUGGUAACUUCAUUUUUAAUCCUUCUUGUGUGAUAUUCUCAAUCGAUGCAGCUAUUGGAAAUCUCCGCCAGAUCUCUGGCAACUUAUUUUACCACUUAAACGAAAAUGUACCUCUUGUUUUGUAAAAGGUCAAAGAUUACGUAAGAAGCAGAUAACUGAUAAAUAUGCCACAACCCUGGGUUUUAAUUUGUGGAUCAGUCUUACUGCCAAAUGUUGGUGGUAUGCUUGGAGGAUUCAUAACCAGAUCUCAGAUUAAGGACUGGUUUGACAAAGACUUAAAGAAACCCUCAUGGAGACCUCCAAACUGGCUCUUUGGGCCAAUGUGGACCAGCCUGUACUCUGGAAUGGGUUAUGCGUCAUAUCUUGUAUGGCGAGAUGGUGGAGGAUUUGAUGGCAGUGCAAAAACUGCUCUGGCCCUGUAUGGGACAAACCUGGCUUUGAACUGGUUAUGGACUCCCAUUUUCUUUGGCUCACGCAAGUUGGGGCUGGCUUUUGGUGAGAUUUGUCUCCUUUGGCUGAAUAUUGCUGGUUGUGUUUACACAUUCUACCCAAUCAACAAACUUGCAGCAGGACUCAUGCUACCUUAUCUUGGUUGGGUUACACUGGCUACAGCACUUAACUAUUGCAUCUGGCAAAUGAAUAAGCCAGCCAUAAAAGAAGAGUGAAACCUUGGAGAACUACUGGUUAUCAGUUGUCUGAGUUAUGCAGCAAUCACUCUCAGUACUCCUUCAGGAUAUGUAUCAAAUUAGGUUUGUUAAUAGGAAUUUUGUUAUUAAUGCAGAUUUAGGAAAAUGUAUUGUUUUCAUCAAACUAUUAAAAUAUCGAUGUAUUUGAUCUUGAUUUUCUACUGAACUCUUGACAUGUAGUUUUAGGAGCUUCUGUAGACCUGACAAUAAAUUCAUGUUGUGGGGUGUGAUUUCUACAGAGCCAACAAUGCUUUUCUUAGGCUAAAAAAUAACCAAGCAGUGACUACAAGCACAGUGAAGACUACAUGGCUUGUAUAUAUUUGUUACUGGUUGUACUAGAGUUGCAGACUGAAAAUUCAUGUUAGAUGAACAAUUUUAGUUAAAAAAGUAAAACUUCUAGAUUUAUGUCAGCUGUAUGAACAUAUCAAAUUGCCAAUGUAAAAGAGGAAAUGUGAUGAUUUAUUUGUAGCAGGGAAUAACAGCUCUUCCAUUUGUAAGUUAUAAUCUUUGGACAGAAUUAAAAGCCAUUUCUUUUUGUGUCAAA